GCUACGUUGUGUGCAUCGGCCAACAAGAGACCAUCACCCGUCAGUGUAUGGCAAAGCAAAGCGCAGAUUAGGUCGUAGUCGCCGUUGGUUCGGUUCGACUGUGUUGUAGUAUUUCAGCAAACGCAACAGAAGGAAGGAAGAGAACCCCAAUUUGAAAUUUGCUGGUGAAAAGUGCAAAUUUAGCCCCGUUUAGAAGCGUUUUUCGCGUCCCAGUUCGCGAUGGAGGUGGAAAGCAACGUCAUCAAGGAUGAUUCCUCCCGAGUCAGAAUCAGAGGUGUUGCUGGACAGCACCAUCAUAGAGGUAACAACAAGAGCAAUGCAGCUCCUAGUGUCAAUACUGGCAAUACCGUUACAGUCAAAAUUGGUCUAAACAUGAACAUCUGUAGGCUGUGCCUAACGGAGGGUACGGUCAAUUCGAGGCUCCAGCCGGUUUACUACACUAAGGACACCCCGGAUGAACCACUGUUGCAGAAAAUAUUGGAUUUAACGACCAUUCAGGUUACGUAUGCAACGGAUUUUCCUUCGUCGAUUUGCGUCAAUUGUAAAAGCAAGCUUGAGGAAUAUAGUCACUUCCGACGACAGUGCAUUGAAAAUGAUGAGCUACUUCGGAUGAAGUAUUAUGAAAUCAAGACCGCUGAAGAUUACCAUCUCCAACAACAGCAGCAGCAACAGCAACAACAACAGCAACAGAUCCAUCGUGGCCAUCCGAUAGAGCACGAAAUCGUUGAAGAGGUAAAAGCAGAGGAAUACAUCGACGACACGGAUGACAUUACGCUGGCCAUCGAUGAAUCGGCCGAUGCCGAUGAAGAUUUUCAAGAGGAAAGCAGCGAACAACAUCAGCAUCAUCAAGGGCAAGUGGUUGAACAACAAACCAUUCAAUACGUGGCCGCCGAUGGAACCAUGACCGAGUACGUCGAGUCGGGCGAUGUCAGGACAGUAUCUAGUUCUUCGCAGCAGCAACAAAUUCACAUUAGUGGAUACGGCGAAGGCGAGACUAUUCAAGCUGGUGAGGGGCAUGAAAUUUACUACACCGAUGGAAACGAUACCUAUGCCAUUCAAACGACGGCCGAAGGUUAUGUUAACGCCGCAAAUUAUGUGCCUCAGGGCUACGAUAAUCAAACUGAAAUCGAAUGCACUACUAUUGAACACCUCCCGGAAGAAGAGGUCUAUAUGGAAGAAGGAGGCGAAUCCCAGGUGGGAAGUGGUAUGACUUCUCGAGGCAUGCAUGACCGACCGUUUGUCUGCAAACACUGCAAAACUAGCUUCAAAUAUGAGCACAAUUACGAGAAACAUAUGAAGAACCACGCAAAAGUAUUGUUUAGAUGCGGCAAAUGCUCAAAAACAUUCACUAAGCAGAGGAAAUGUCAGCAGCACUUCUUGAAGGCGCAUUCGUCCCAGCGGUACGAAUGCGACAUUUGCUUCAGGACGUACAGUCUCCCGACUCGCCUAGAGAAUCACGUCAUAGAAAUGCACUCGGAUAAUGGAAUCUACAAAUGCGAUCGAUGUACUGAGACCUUCACUUCAUACCUAGAUUUCAAGUCACACCGCAACACCCAUCACAGUAUUAACGGAUCCAACGCCGCAACUGUGAUUGCUCAGGCUGCUGAACAACGACCGCAAACCUUACAGCAAGCUCACUCUCCUUCACCACACGGAGCUCCUCACACGACCACGUCCGUCAGUACACGCUCCUCCGUUUCCGACAACUGCGAUUUCGAAGUGAUGAUCGAUGAAACUAAGAUCCCGAAGCCGGCCACUGGGGUCGAAUCUGGUGACGAAAAACGGCCUCUAAUGGUAACAGCCAGCAGUUCCACGCAAGAGCAGGACAUCAUUCUUGUAGAUGACGAGGCAUCCGUUAACGCGAGCACCAACAAUAACAAACCUCCCGCGGCAACGAUAGUCGUCACCACAGGAACCAACAGCGUAAUCAGUGGAGGAAAGAUAGCGACCACCGCGCGUGGUGGUACCAUUGUGACCAGUGUGGCUGUCGCUGCGCAACCCACCACCAGUACGGUGCCGCCACCGACGAUGGCGACGGCAACGGCGACGACGGUCAUCACCAACGGGAUCGACAAGAACAAUAUGCACCGGCAGUUGUUGCAGCAGAUCGAGGAAAGUGAAGCCAACUCGACGGGGCCCAAGAUUUACAAGUGUGACAGUUGUACGAAAAAUUUCGUACACUUGAACAACCUGAAGGCGCACAUUUACGCGGAACAUGACAACGACAAACCGUUCAAGUGCAAACUGUGUCCCAUUUCGUUCAAGACGAAGGAGAUUCUGGUGAUGCAUAUGGUAUUACAUUCUCAGCAUAAUACAGCAACUUAAGAUUGUACAGACUGCGCUUCAGUUGUGCAUCAGCAAUCCGGUAUGUUUUUAUAGUAAAUAGGAAUACAAAUCAACAACACAAAAACGUUAUGUAAACAAAUCUCACAAGGAAAUUUUUUUCUCCUUUCUCACUAAAUAUAUGUAGCAAUUGAACAAUAUUGAAAUUAUUGCAAAAACACAUACACCCAUGUACUACAAGAAAAAGAAAAGCGAUAGUAACAUGAUAUAGCAGUUGCACAGAUUGCUAUCAAAAAGGAACAAAAAUACAAGGAAAAACAAAAAGGAUAGCGAAUUAAAAUUAUACGUCUGUAUAAAUAAGUGAAGAUAACUAUUAUUAGUAGUUAGUAAGAAAGUACUAGAAAAUGUAACGAUGAUUUCCUUAUUGUUUCAGUUUUUAUAGACCAUAAUAUAUAUUUUUAUUUAUGCAAAAUUUAAUGUUUUCUACGAUUAAGUUUGUUCUCGAAUACAAAUCAAAACGAAAAAAAAACAAAAAUACGGAUCGCUUGCAAUAGUAGUUGCCCAUAGGAUAUUA